AUGAAGCAAAAGCAACAUAUUGAUAUUGCCUUUUCAAAUAUUUAUGAACAACAAAGAAUUGAUUAUCGUAUUCGUCUGAAAGCUUCUUUAGAUUGUGCUAGAUACUUAUUAUCAAAUGGUCAGCCUUUUCGGGGGCAUGAUGAAUCUGAAAGUUCAAAUCAACAAGGUUUAUUUCUUGAAACUCUAAAGUUUUAUACUAAGCCAAAUAAGGAGAUGAGUCAUGUGGUCUUGCAAAAUGCCCCCGAUAAUCACAAAAUGACUUCACCAAAAAUUCAGAAAGAUCUUGCUCAAGCUUGUGCUGAUUUGACAGUUAAAGCAAUAAUUAGUUAUCUCGGCGAUGAUUACUUUUCUUUGCUAGUUGAUGAAGCUCAUGAUGUUGCAAUUAAAGAACAAAUGGCAGUUGUACUUCGGUAUGUAAACAAAAAAGGGUCCAUUGUUGAAUGUUUUAUUGGCAUAAUUCACGUUGCAGAUACUACUGCACAAUCACUAAAAGAUGCGAUUGAUGGGUUGUUUUCUAAACUCGGUUUAAGUUUGUCUAAAUGUCGCGGUCAAGGCUAUGAUGGUGCUAGUAAUAUGUGGGGUGAAUUCAAAGGGCUUAAGAGUUUGAUUUUGGCAGACAACAAAUCUGCAUUCUACAUUCAUUAUUUUGCUCAUCAGUUACAAUUGGCACUUGUGAAGGUUGAAAAACAUUAUAAGAAGAUUCAAGAAUUUUUUGACAUGCUUCAAAAGAUGGCUACCGUUGUGGGGGGUUCAUGCAAGCGGAAAGAAAUUCUUCUAGUGAAUCAAUAUGAGCAAAUAGUUGAAAGAAUUGCUCGCGGUGAAAUACUAACUGGAAAAGGUUUGAAUCAAGAGACAACCUUAAAGCGACCUGGAGACACUCGUUGGGGUUCUCAUUUUGGUACAGUUACAAGUGUUAUCUUAUUAUUUUCUCCAAUAAUUUCCUUGAUGAAAAUUAUUGAAGAUGAGCCUAAGAAUGAUGCUGCAAGAACUGAUGCAGGUUGCAUUUUGUAUGCUAUGGAGGAUUUUGAGUUUGCAUUCUUGUUGCAUCUUAUGAAACUUAUCUUGGAAGUCUCGCUUACAAGAGGGAGAUCAAGACGGAGAUUGGAAUCAUUCACAUUCUUGCACUACUUUAAGGUGGAGUUAUUUAAUAGAGUGAUAGAUACUCAAGUUCAAGAGUUGGGUGAUCGAUUUGAUAAUGUCAAUACCAGGUUGCUUGAGUGUUUGAGUUGUCUUGAUCCUCGUGAUUCAUUUGCUACUUUUAACAAAGAAGAGUUGAUUGAGUUUGCUAGAUUUUAUCCUUUGGAGUUUGAUGAGCUUGCAGAUAUUCCUUUUCUUUCUUCAAGUCUGAGUAAUUUUAUUGUUGAUGUAAGAGCUGAUUCUGAUUUUAUCAAUUUGAAAAGAAUUUCUGAACUUACUUUGAAGAUGGUUGAGAAGAGAAAGGAUAUUGUUUAUCCAUUGUCUAUUUAUUGA